AUGUUGAUAAUUUUUUUUAAAAAAAUAAAUCAAUUUGUCUUUUUAAAGGCUUCUUUAGGCAGUGAUAUGGUAAGCCCUGGACGUACCACUUUGUUUAUUCAAUAUAACAAUGGAAGUCAUAUCCCACUAUGUCAUUUAACUCCAGGGAUUUGUGAACAACAAACAUUAGAUACUGCUUUCAGGGGUGAAUCGCAUUCUCACCGUCUAUAA